GGGCUCGCGCCGAGAGCACUCUCGUCAAUCCCCCGUCGCGGUCGUUCCCAUCUUUUCCAUGCGUCGUCCGAGCACGCGGUCGAGCACGCGCCGAUCCGAGAUGCGCUACCAGGUAUUUAUGUAGUACCGACCACCGCCGCCUUCGAGCGUCGUACACCCGCCACCCUGAUCGGCGUCCCGUCACGUCGGAGCGGAGGAAACAACCACCCCCAGCCUUCCGUUUGCCGAGGAAGGCAACGUCGUUGUCGUCGAGCAGCGAGGGUGAGAAGGUGCGAGAAAGGAGCAGUGAAGAAGGAGCGAUUCCGAUCGGAAACGGAAGUGGAACCGCUGCGACGGCGAUGGAUCAGAAACGCGUGUACAAGUUAGUGCUAACCGGAGGACCAUGUGGUGGCAAAACAACCGGGCAGACCAGGCUGUGCACCUUCUUCGAGAAUAUGGGGUGGAAGGUGUUCCGUGUCCCCGAGACAGCGACCGUGCUGCUCAGUGGCGGCAUCAAGUUUUCAGACCUAAACGCAGAGGAGGCAUUCAAAUUUCAGGAAAAUCUUUUGCGCACGAUGAUACAAAUCGAGAACACUUUCUUUCAAUUGGGUGAGAGUUGUUCGAGGAAUUGUCUGAUCAUCUGUGAUCGCGGUGCAAUGGAUGCCUCCGCUUUCAUUUCGAAAGAUAAGUGGGAGCUUAUGGUGGCAUCAAACGGAUGGAACAACGUCGAAUUAAGGGACAACAGAUACAAUCAGAUCAUCCACAUGGUUUCGGCUGCGAACGGCGCCGAAGAGUUCUACUCCACAGAGGAACACGCGUGUCGCUCCGAAGGUGUCGAACUCGCUCGCGAGCUUGACUACAAGGCUGCGGCUGCCUGGGUCGGUCAUCCGUACUUUGAUGUCAUCGAUAACUCGCAGGAUUUCGAGUCUAAAAUCUGCCGGAUGAUCGAAUGUGUAUGUCAGAAACUGGGCAUCGACACGGGCGACCGAUUGCGCGCCAGCAGUCGCAAGGUCAAGUUCCUCGUGACAGCGCCGCUGCCGGUGGAUAGCGAGUUCCCGCCUUUCCAGGACUUCGACGUCGUGCAUAAUUACCUCCAGAGCAAUAAUCCCAAGAUGCAGGCCCGUCUACGGAAGCGCGGUCAAAAAGGUCACUGGUCAUAUAUUCACACAAUUCGUCGACCAAAAAUAUGCGGCCAAGUAAUCGAGGUGAAGACCCAGCUGACGCAUCGAGACUACCUGAAUAUGUUGGCCCAGCGCGACGACUCGCAUUUCACUAUCUUCAAACGUCGCCGUUGCUUUCUAAUCAACAAUCAGUAUUUUCAAUUAGACAUAUACAAAGAACCGGCGCAUCCCAGAUGUCAAGGCUUGAUGUUACUCGAAACGUACACGGCGUUGACGGCUGACGAGUUGAAAAACAUUCUGCCUCAAUUCCUCAUAAUCGAAAAGGAAGUGACCGGUAAUCCAGACUACAGCAUGUUCAACCUCAGCUUACUCGAGGAAUGGAACAGUACCAAUAAAUACUGCCCCAACUUGCAUGGCACUAUGCAAUUGGCAGACAAUCAAGGUAUCCCAAUUUCGAAGAGUCUAACGACCACAAUACAAAGCAACGGAAUCGAUUGCAAAGCCGGUAGCACAUUGAGUCCGAACUGUCAACAGAUGAUCGUUAACAAGAGCGUCAAUGGCGCCCGAAAUGGUUUAACCAACGGUAAGGCGACGUUUGCCGAGCGAUGUAACAUAAACGGCGAUGGCCAAGAACCAGAAAUUCGCAAUGGCGAUUCAACCAUGAGGCCCGAGAGUUUGCGAGAGUUAAAAGUCGAUAAACCGCAGAAGAAUGGAUUUGAUAAUAGAUUCUAAUGGAAGGAUAUACAGAAAAUUAAAGAAACAAUAAAAUCUCUUAAUAAGCAAUUCGCAAACAAUUCUGAACUGUAACAGGGACUUAAGUUCAGUAUCGAUGCGAAUCUUAUCUGAAUUAAUACUGAGUAAACAACUGCUAGUGCGAUAGACUUCUAAAAUUUCACACAGAUAAUAUCUAUUUUUUAAUCAAACUUGCGUGUCGUACUUAAGGAAUUUUCGUGGAAGAUCUUACGGCCAAGUUUCGUCAACGUCGAUUAAAGUUGGAUCCGAAUUAGGAUCCAACGUAAAUCUUCCAAGAAUAUGACGAAAUUUGCACGAAAUUUCAGAAAAUCUUA